UUUCCUUUCCUCCCUUAGGUGACACAGGUAGCCAGCUACUUUGAACCGCUGGUUCUUGCAGCUGUCGGUGUGGUAUCCAAGUUGAUGAGCCACCAGCAACAGAUGACCUUAUUGGACCAGACCAAGACUCUGGCGGAAUCUGCCCUGCAGAUGCUCUACGCAGCCAAAGAAGGAGGAGGAAACCCCAAGGCUUCACACACUCACGAUGCCAUCACAGAAGCUGCCCAGCUGAUGAAGGAAGCAGUGGAUGAUAUCAUGGUUACCUUGAAUGAAGCUGCCAGCGAAGUAGGGAUGGUGGGCAACAUGGUGGACUCCAUAGCUGAAGCCAUGAGCAAGCUGGACGAGGGCACACCACCAGAACCCAAUGGAACUUAUGUUGACUAUCAGACCACCGUAGUCAAAUACUCCAAAGCCAUUGCAGUGACAGCCCAAGAAAUGAUGACGAAGGCGGUUACUAAUCCAGAGGAGCUGGGAGGACUCGCUUCGCAAAUGACCACAGACUACGGUCACUUGGCGUUCCAGGGACGGAUGGCAGCCGCUACAGCAGAACCGGAGGAGAUAGGCUUCCAGAUCAGAACGCGGGUUCAGGAACUUGGCCACAGCUGCAUCUUCCUGGUCCAGAAGGCUGGUGCUCUACAGAUAUGUCCCACAGAUAGCUACACCAAGAGGGAGCUGAUAGAGUGUGCUCGGGCGGUCAGCGAGAAGGUGUCCUUAGUUCUGUCUGCCCUGCAGGCAGGCAACAAAGGGACCCAGGCGUGCAUCACCGCUGCCAGCGCCGUCUCAGGCAUCAUCGCUGACCUGGACACCACCAUCAUGUUUGCCACGGCUGGAACGCUGAAUGCUGAGAACAACGAAUCAUUUGCAGACCACAGGGAAAAUAUUCUGAAGACAGCAAAAGCUUUGGUUGAAGACACAAAGCUGUUGGUAUCUGGGGCUGCCUCAAGCCAGGAGAAGCUUGCUCAAGCAGCACAGUCAUCCGCAAGCACCAUCACUCAACUGGCUGAGGUUGUGAAACUGGGAGCAGCCAGUCUGGGAUCAGGUGACCCAGAAACACAGGUUGUGCUGAUCAAUGCUAUUAAGGAUGUGGCAAAGGCCUUGUCUGACCUCAUAGGCGCAACCAAAGGAGCCGCCAGCAAGCCUGCAGAUGACCCAUCCAUGUACCAGCUCAAGGGAGCAGCAAAGGUAAUGGUAACAAACGUCACAUCACUACUGAAGACUGUGAAAGCCGUAGAAGAUGAAGCUACGCGAGGGACAAGAGCGCUUGAGGCUACAAUUGAGUACAUCAAGCAAGAACUCACGGUAAAGGCUUUGUAUAACGAUGCUUGCGAAAUCUCUAGAAGUAGCAAGCCACUCUAG